AUGCGGCCCGCCCAGACUGCGCUCUGGCUGCGCCUAGUAGUAGCCCUGGGCCUGGCCCUCGUUGGCCCCCUGCUUGUGGGGUGGUCCUCGGCCCGGGCCCCCAUCUACGUCAGCAGCUGGGCCGUGCGGGUGUCCCAGGGUUACCGGGAGGCCGAGCGCCUGGCGCGCAAAUUCGGCUUCGUCAACCUGGGGCAGAUCUUUCCUGACGGGCAGUACUACCACCUACGGCACCGGGGCGUGGUCCAGCAGUCCCUGACCCCACACUGGGGCCAUCGCCUGCGCCUAAGGAAAGACCCCAAGGUGCAGUGGUUUGAGCAGCAGACGCUCCAGCGGCGGGUGAAGCGCUCGUUGGUGGUACCCACGGACCCCUGGUUCUCCAAGCAGUGGUACAUGAACAACAAGGUGCAGCCGGACCUGAACAUCCUGCAGGUCUGGAGCCAGGGGCUGUCGGGCCAGGGCAUUGUGGUCUCUGUCCUGGACGAUGGCAUCGAGAAGGACCACCCGGACCUCUGGGCCAACUACGACCCCCUGGCCAGCUACGACUUCAAUGACUAUGACCCAGACCCCCAGCCGCGAUACACGCCCAGUGAUGAGAACCGGGCUGCCCCGCGACACCCCUUCACACAUUCUCUUGUCUUCCAGGCAGGGCAGGUCACCACGGACCUGCACCACCAGUGCACGGACAAACACACGGGCACCUCGGCCUCGGCCCCUCUGGCCGCGGGCAUGAUCGCCCUGGCUCUGGAGGCCAACCCGUUCUUGACAUGGAGGGACAUGCAGCACCUGGUGGUCCGGGCGUCCAGGCCGGCACAGCUCCAGGCUGAGGACUGGAGGACCAACGGCGUGGGGCGCCAAGUGAGUCACCAUUAUGGCUAUGGGCUGCUGGACGCCAGGCUGCUGGUGGACACGGCUAGGACCUGGCUGCCCACGCGGCCCCAGCAGAAGUGCGCCAUCCGGAUCGUGCACACCGCCACCCCCAUCCUGCCGCUGAUGCAAGUGAGGAAGAACGUGUCGGCCUGCGCUGGCCGUGCCAGCUACAUCCGCUCGCUGGAGCACGUGCAGGUGCGGCUCUCGCUGUCCUACAGCCGCCGGGGGGACCUGGAGAUCUCGCUCACCAGCCCCAUGGGCACCCGCUCCACGCUCGUGGCCAUCAGACCCUUGGACGUCAGCGGCCAAGGUUACAACAACUGGAUCUUCAUGUCCACCCACUUCUGGGACGAGGACCCGCAGGGCUUGUGGACUCUGGGCCUGGAAAACAAGGGCUACUAUUUCAACACGGGGACGCUGUACCGCUACACGCUGCUGCUGUAUGGGACGGCCGAGGACAUGUCGGCGCGGCCCCCGGGCCCCCAGGUGACCAGCAGCGCGUGUGUGCAGUGGGACACAGAGGGGCUGUGCCAGGAAUGCCACGGCCCUGCCUACAUCCUGGGCCACCUCUGCCUUUCCUACUGCCCCCCGCGGUACUUCAGCCACACCCGGCAGGCAGUGACCGCGGGGCCUGGGCGCUCGGCCACACCCGCCCUGCGCGUCUGCUCGAGCUGCCACCCCUCCUGCUACACCUGCCGCGGCGGUUCCCCACUCAACUGCACCACCUGCCCCCCCGCCUACACGCUGGAUGAGCAUCGGGGCUCCUGCUCCGGACCCGCCCCUCCCAACAGCACCCCUGGGCCCACCGCAGUGGCCCACCCCAGCUGCCACCAUGGCCGAGCCCAGGCCGUGGUCCUGGCCUUGCUGGCCAUGGCCUUUGGGAGUCCCUUCCUCUGCAGCGUCCUCUCCGUAGGCUGCCUGCCGCCGUGCGGGGGCCUCCCCCAUCACCACCCAGGGUCUGGCUGCUGGCGGGAACCUAGAGACAUUUGACGAGGGGCCAGGCACCGCUGUCCUGCUCCUUUGCUUCAGCUGGAACCCGG